AUGGUGGGAGAACUUGUAGUGGUUACUGCAGAGUCUGAAACUGAAACAGAGGGACGACAGGGGCAAGUUCAGGGCAGAAACACUGUGCAAAAUCAAAUGAAAGAAAAUGAGGAAACUUGGGCUUUGGCAGUGGAGUCAGGUGCUGUCCUAUUGGAUGACGACGUGGAUAUUAUGGCAAUUUUGAAAGAGCAGAACGAUGAGUUAGCGGUGAAAAGAAAAAUGGCAAAACAAAAGGAAAAGACACGAAGAAGUCAGCCGAAGAAGCUCAAUAAGCUAAACAUGUUAGGAUUGGUGGAAACUAAGAGGCAGGAUUUUACGAAGUUUGAUGUUGCAAGAAUUUGGGGUUGGAAUAAUGUGGGAUGGGAGUUUGUAGAGUCGGCAGGGGCUUCUGGGGGUCUGCUAUUAAUUUGGGAUGAUGAUUUGUUUAAAGCCAAUAACUGUUAUAAAGGGGAGAGAUGGUUGUGCGUUGAAGGAGUGAUGAUGAAAAAUAAUUUUAAUUGUGCUGUUUGUCUGGUGUAUGGGGCGCAUGAGAGGGAGGAGAAGCGGGUUGUAUGGGAGGAAUUAAGCUAUGUUGCGGGUCUGUGUCAGUUGGUGGACUUGCCUCUGAAUGAUAGGAAGUUCACGUGGUUCAGGGGUCGUUCUUGCAGUCGGAUUGAUAGGGUCCUGGUUAAUAUAGAGUGGAUUGAGGAAUUUCCUGAUGUUCGCCUAAAAGGUGGGCCUAGAGGGUUGUCUGAUCACUGUCCGUUGAUUGUGGAGGAUAAAAGAAUUGGGGGUGGCCCACGGCCUUUCAGAACUCUGGAUUCCUGGUUUACUCAUGAGGAUUUUCUGCGAAUGGUUAAAAAUGAAUGGAGAAAUUUGGGGGAUGGUCAAUUCACAAGUAAGUUAAAGGCUUUGGCGGGGCCUUUACGACUAUGGCAUAAGAACAACUUUGGAGACAUGGAGAAGAGACUGCAGACCCUGGAGGAGGAGAUUAAGAAACUGGAUAAUCUGGUUAGUGCUGGUGUCUAUGAUGGUACGACGGAGGCUAGAAGAAGGGCGUUGGUGAGCUUCUGCGAGAAGUGGUAUGUUAGGAAAGAGUUACACUGGAAGCAGAUGUCGCGGUCACAACAUGCUAAGCACAUGGAUAGAAAUACUCGAUUUUUUCAUAAUAUUGCCUCGGCUAGAAGACGGAAUAACAGGAUUGAUGCUCUCUUGAUUCAUGGGAGGGUAGUGCAGAAUCAAACAAGAAUAAAGGUUGCAAUUAGAGGGUUUUAUAAGGAUCUAUAUCGACAGGAAGUAGUUCCGAGGAUUGGCUUUCAGGAUGGGUUGGUGAGACAGAUUGAUGGAGCAGAGGCUGCGGCUUUGGAGGUGAUGCCAUCGGGGGAGGAAAUUCGGGAGGCAGUUUGGGACUGUGAAUCUUCUAAAGCCCCGGGUAGUGAUGAUUACAAUUUAAACUUCAUCAAACGAUGCUGGGAGGAUAUUGGCCAGGAGUUCACUGCAGCAGUGAUGGAUUUCUUCCAAAGUGCUAAGUUACCAGCCGAUGCGAAUGUCACAUGGGUGACGCUAGCCCCGAAAUUUGUGGGGGCUAAGGAGAUCAAGGACUUUCGGCCGAUUAGUAUGGUGGGGUGUGUGUAUAAGGUGAUUUUCAAGGUCUUAGUGCGGAGGAUGAGAACAGUGAUGCCAGAUUUGGUGGGUGAGACGCAGAGUGCUUUUGUCAAGGGUAGGAAGAUACAUGACGGAGCCCUCAUUGCUUGUGAGACAGUACAAUGGCUCAAGUCGCGGAGAAAGAAGGCGACAAUCAUAAAGCUAGACUUUCAGAAAGCAUAUGACAGAGUUAGAUGGAGCUUUGUGGAUAUUGUGCUUCAGAAGAUGGGAUUUGGGCAAAGGUGGAGGAGUUGGGUGAAGGAGUGUGUCACUUCGGCGUCUAUGUCAGUAUUAGUGAAUGGUUCACCAUCAAAAGCGUUUAAAAUGGAAAGGGGAUUAAGACAAGGAGAUCCCCUCUCACCUCUUCUGUUUGUACUUGUGGUUGAUGUUUUGCAUAGAAUGUUUAGGGUAGCCGCAAGGAACGGGCGGAUUGCUCCAUUGCGGAUUGGGAGAGAUCAUAUUGAAUUGUCUCAUCUCCAAUUCGCAGAUGAUACUAUCUUGUUUUGCCCUCCGGAGAUAGAAACAAUUGUGAACUACAAGAGGUUGUUGCGUUGUUUUGAACUGAUGUCUGGGCUGAGCAUCAAUUUUGAUAAGUCGAAUCUGAUCCCAGUGAACUGUGAGCAGGAGUGGGUGGAGCAUGUGUGUGGCCUUCUGGGUUGUAAGCAAGCGGUGCUACCUAUUCGGUACCUCGGGAUCCCUCUAGGUGCGAAUCCUCGGUUGGUAAAGACUUGGAAGCCUAUCAUAGAAAAGGUGGAAUCGAAGCUCAGCUUGUGGAAAGCAAAGGUCUUAAACAAAGCAGGAAAGCUAAUUCUCAUUAAAUCGGUUUUGAAUAGCUUACCGAUUUAUUACCUUAGCCUUUACAAGAUGCCGAGGGCGGUAGCUAACAAGUUGAUUGCACUCCAGAGAAGUUUUAUGUGGUGUACGAAGGAUGGUGCUUAUGGUAUGCCGCUGGUGAAGUGGGAAGUGGUUCAGGCUCCAAAAAAGGCUGGAGGCUUGGGAGUUGGCGAUGCAGUGGUCAGGAACGCAGCGCUUUUGUUCAAAUGGUGGUGGCGGUUCUCAAAGGAGGAAUACCCUUUGUGGAAGAAGGUUGUUUGUUCGUGUAAUAAUCUGGACCCUAGUGCGUUGCUAUCUAGUCAGAUUCUACCAGUGAAGGGGGGUCCAUGGAAAGAUAUCUGUCAGUUGAAUAUAGCAGAACAACAGGUGAAAGAAAAGCUUAUUAGUGGCCUAGCGAUGGAAGUAGGGGAUGGAAGACGGACUCGGUUUUGGGAAGAUAAUUGGGUGCAAGGUGGCCCUCUGAAAGGAAGUUUUCCAAGACUCUUCUCUAUUUCAAACCAACAAGGAUCUGUGACCGGGGACUGUGGGUUCUGGGAUGGGUUAGAGUGGGUUUGGAAUUUUCAGUGGAAGAGGGAGUUGUUCCAAUGGGAGUUGGAAUUGGCUCAUCAACUUCAUGAGAGGUUAAGACCAGUGAAGCUAUCAGUUGGUAGAGAGGAUAAUAUUGUGUGGAAGUUUGAUAAUAAAGGAAUUUUUUCUACUAACUCUUUCAUGCAGGUGUUGCAAUCGGAGACUCUAUCGGCGGAGAUUACGAGCUACAGUUUCACUCAAUCAAUUUGGGGAGGACUUGUACCACCGAGAAUUGAGCUUUUUGGCUGGUUUGUUCUGGUUGGUAGGGUGAAUACCAAAGAAAGAUUGAGCAGAUUAGGCGUGAUUCCUCCAAAUGAUAAUAUUUGCGCCCUGUGUAAAAAGGAGAUGGAAACUGUUCAUCAUUUAUUUCUUGAAGGUGGAGCAGCGGAUGUUGUUGAUUGCAUUUUUUACAGUGAUUUGGAAUAUCUGGAGGGAACGGAAUGA